AUGCCUAAAGAGGACGUGUCGGAGCCAGUCCAAUCAUUGGACCCCAAGCCGCGUGCCACGAAACGCAAGGCAGCAGCAGAUACCACGACAGCAAGGCAGAAGAAAGCACGGAAUACCGCAAAGACGGAAGCACCAGCCGUUCCCGCUCCCAGCAACCCUGUGGUUCCAACAAGCGAGAACGGAGCUCCCCAGGCUUUUGUCCCGGCAGUUCUGACGUUCUCGUUCGAGGAUGCGAAGAAACAUCUCAUUAGCGUGGAUCCGCGCUUUGAAGACAUUUUCGAAAGGCUGAAGUGCAAGCCGUUCGAGCACCUCGAACGAGUAGACCCAUUCCGGUAUUACAAAACAGUUACUCUGCGAGGCCAGCAGAUAUCUUGGCUAGCAGCUAGGUCGAUAACACAUCGUUUCAGGAGGCUCUUCGACCCUUCCCUCCCCGAAAAACCGGAUCAUGCAAAGAUGAAUGACGCUGACAGCUUCUUCCCGACUGCUCAGCAAGUUGCACAGUCAGACGUGGCCACGCUGCGUACGGCAGGCCUGAGCCAGCGGAAAGCUGAGUAUGGCGCGUAUAUGUACUGCCUUACAGUAGAAAUUGCAUUUCAAGAUCUAGCCUCUAGGUUCGCAGAUGGGCGUUUAUCCACUCAAAAGCUAUUGGAAGCGGGUGAUGAGGAACUGUACGAACUGCUCACUGCGGUCAGAGGUAUAGGGCGGUUGACAUGUUCGCGAUAUUCUCGCUGCGGCGUCCCGACAUCCUCCCCGUCGGUAAGCAACCGCCCGUGCAGUCAAGCUAGUGGCGGCCUCGCUAACCGUAUUCCAGGCGACCUCGGCGUCCAACGCGGCCUCAUCCGCUGGUUCCUCUCCCUCCACAACCCCUCCUACACGAUCGACAUCUCCCCGCAAAAGCUCCCCAAAGCGCCAGACGAGAAAGAGGAGGAGGAGACCGGCGGGCCCAGCGAUGCCCUGACGCCCUCCGCGCCCACGGCCUUCCCGCCCGUGCCAGCGCUCCCCGAGACGCCCAAGAAGAACAGGGGUAGAGGCAAGGCGAAGGCAACCGAAUCGGAUGACGACGACGACCUCGGGCCGCUGCCGCCCCCGUUCACGCCGUCCAUCAAUCGGACGCUGAACGCGCGCGUGCCCGAGGAGGUGAGGAGAGUUGAGCCGCUGCCGGAGGGCUUGACAGUUGCGGUAUUGAAGAGCCGCCUGGACGGGAAGAAGAAGAUAAAAGGCGCGAUGUUGACUCCGCAGGAAAUGGAGGAGUUGACGAAGAGCUGGAGGCCGUAUCGAAGUUUGGGUGUGUAUUACAUGUGGUCUCUGGCCGAAGGAACAUCAGCUUGA